UUCUCUCAGUUGUAUUCCCCUCCUCCGUCGUAUUCCCCGCGAUCUGUGCCACUUUUCUCUGAAUACGACAUCGCGGUCUAUAAAGAGGAGUAUUGUCCUCGGUUUGAAAACAACAUGGCAGACAAUUUAGUGGCCCAAUCUGGAGGAAGAGACAGGGGAGUUGUGAUCAAGGAUGACUGGCCAGGAUACAAUUUAGAUUUGUUCAGUUACCCUGAGCACUAUUCUAAGGAUUUGGAAUGUGUCUACAUUCCACACGGUGUGAUUAUGGACAGGACAGAGCGCCUUGCCAGGAACAUAAUGGAGGACCUGGGGGAUCAUGCUAUUGUGGUGUUAUGUGUGCUGAAGGGAGGCUACCAAUUCUGUGCUGAUUUGGUAGAGAAGAUCAAAGCCUUGAGCCGCAACUCUGACCACACCCUCCCCAUGAGGGUCAACUUCAUCCGCCUCAAGAGCUAUCUGAAUGACCAGUCAACAGAGGAUCUCCACAUCGUGGGGGUGGAAGACCUGUCGUUCCUCAGUGGAAAGAAUGUCUUGAUAGUGGAGGCCAUUGUAGGCACAGGGAAGACAAUGAAGACUCUCCUUAAACAUGUGGAGGCCUUCAGGCCUAUGAUGAUCAAAGUAGCAGGACUGCUGGUGAAGAGAGUUCUAAACGGAGCAGGAUGUCUCCCUGACUAUGUUGGUUUUGAGAUACCCAGUCGCUUUGUAGUUGGCUAUGCCCUAGACUACAACGAGUAUUUCAGAGACCUCAAUCAUAUAUGUGUACUGAGUGAAAGGGGAAAACUGAAGUACAAAGUUUAAAAGGGGAGCUGCUGUGUAGGCAAACUGUUGAGGAACAGGAAAUGUUGUGCCACAAAAACCUUGGGCAGGCUUCCCAUGAGUGGUCAGUGACACAAAUGUUAGGAGACUGAUUAAUAAGGAGAGCCACCUCCUUUUCCUUUACUACAUUCAUUGAGACAUUCCUCAGAACCCACUCCUAUUAAAUAUAUUACAUAAGGACCCAAGUACAUUGAUUUGUUUAUAGAACUGUGAAAUGUUAGUUCCAUAUUCUUACCUGUUCAGAAUUUCUAAAUCUUGACAUUGCAUAUUUUUUGUAAAAGAAAAUAACCAUUAAAACUGCCUUUUCAUUGCCUUCUA